CCCCAUACUUCAGGAUUCUACGCUUCCUCGUUCAAAAGUCGGUUCCGCUGCCUAUCCUAAGUCAUGCCUAUGUCCGCUGGAGAAGCUUCUUCUCAUCCUAAUAAGCUCAAGCUCCUAGAAACUGCCCGUGUAUUUCUUGCCGAGGUUGAAAACCUAACCCCAGGCAAAGAUCUGGAAAGAUACCUAAAUAAAAACUACAGCCCAGGGACCAAGCUCUACGAUGAAUUCUCUUCCCUAAUCCGCCAGGGAAUUCAGAACAACGAAGGCUGGGCCGCAGUCGACGAGCUCGACGGCCCCAAAUACCGUCGUAGCAAACUCGUAUCGCCUAACGCCGACUUCCGCUACUUCAGCAUCACAACCGUCUACAUGGACAGCGAUGUAGAAUACUCCGGACAAUAUCAUCAGCACCCAUAUGGAGAGAUCAACUGUGUUAUUCCGCUGACACCUGGGGCGGAGUUGAAGGGGAUGUCAGGGUGGCAGGGUGCAGGGUGGACGUCGCCGGGGCCAGGGACUCACCAUUACCCGCAGGUUAGGGGUGGUGCUGUUGUGGCGCUUUUCUUUUUGCCUGCGGGGAGGAUCUCGUAUAUGGCUACGCCGGAUAUGCCUCAGCCUGUUUCUAUCUGAAGAAGGGAAAUAUCCCGUCUUUUCGCAGAGACGCAGUACAGUGGUUUCAGAAUAAAAGCCCCCGGGCAUCAAACUCGGCGGAGCAAGUAACGGCGCAAACUGCAAGGCGUGAGUUUUAAACGUCCUUGAUCGUAUAGAAGUAGUGGUAUCUGUGCUUCCUGUAGACUCCUACUGUAUAGCCUAAUGAAUAGGUAACAAACCGUCACUAGGGACUAUACUACUGUCAUUCUACCCGUGGUACUAUAAUUCACAACGCCUUGAUUACUGUUGACCACGAUCAUGCCUAGUGAAUAGG